AUGAGCGGCGCUCGAGUCAUGAACGACGAACAAUACACGGAGCUGGGCCGGGACUUGACGAGUCUCCGACCUUACAUUGAGUCCUGUCUCACUCUGAUCUCAUCCCAAUGCGACACGAUCGGAGCGAACAGCGAGCAGGCCAAGAAUCUGCUCGAAGAGUUGGAAAAGCUCAAGGAAAUCGACAUCGGCAUCGAGAAAGCCAUCAAGACAUUGCGCGCCGUCAACCUCCCCGUUCAUAAAAACGACGUCGUCCCAUCUGUACGUCAACAAGUUUCAUUUGACCUUUUUAUGAGUCUGAUCACAGAGAAAAUGAACUAAGAUGGAGGGAAUCAAAGCUUGAAAAUUAUUCCAUGAAAUAGAAAAGAAAAUCUUUAUUUUGCUUUGCUUCUCCAAUGAUUUUGGUGUUAGAUGAAUCAACAAGCUCAACUGGCGCUGGAAUAAGCUAUAAAAUGGUCAUUUUGCAGAAAGAAGAAAUGAAAAAGGCUUGGGAUACCGCGUACGACGAAGCUGAAGGCGUUGCCGUCCUGGAAGAUAGGUUCCAAACGAUUACUUCGAGAUUGAACGGAGAGGAAAUUGAGGUGGCUACCAUCUUUUCGGUUCUAUUUCGAUUAAAAAUGUGUCAGUUUUAUCAAAAAUCAACUUAGCCAAUUGCCAGAAUCCAAAAAGAACGAAUAAAAAAUAGAAAGGGGAGAGUUUCGAUGAAUUCUUGUGCUCUAUUUUCUCUUUUGAAGAAAAAGAAAGGAAGAGAAGAGCCGAGAAUUUUCUCAAGGUGAUAAAAUAAUAGGCUCAGACUGAGCCGAUAUUUAUCGAAGUUUUUCAUGAGAAGAGCGAAAUAGUGAGCAAAAGAAGAUGUUUAGAGCUUUAAAGUUUUGUCCCAAUAAAGAUAAGUCUGAAGCUAAUGUUUGGAAAAACGAUCCGGAGUUCGAAUAAAUGAAGUUAUUUUUCAGGCAACCGUCACCUACAGUAAGAAAGACCCACUGACGAAGAAAGACAUUGAGAAUCCGGUCAAAAACCCGGUCCGUUCAGAUGUGUCAUACUGAAAGAAAUAGAACUCAUUCUGCAGAACUGCGGCCACGUCUACGACGAAUCGUCGGUCCAAGAGCACGUCGGAUCGCGGAAAGGCGUCAAAUGUCCGAUUAUUGGCUGCAAAGCGGAAAUUCAUCUUAAAAAACUCAUUCCCUAUCCCGAGUUCUUCAUGAACGCUGUCUAA